AUGGGUCAGAAACUAGCCUUGAGAGUUUGGGUAAUCUCAUCGGGAAAUGAGAGCCUCCCUCCAGUGAGGGAGCGGAUUGUGACCCAGGUGAAUGUGAGCGGAGACAGGGAGCAGCAGCCGGUGAGCCGGGCCUGGGAGCCGGGCUCCCUGUCAUCUCCAACCCGGGAUGUGGGAACGGGACAAGCGCGAUGUCAACACACCGGGACACGGGGGAGUCCCGCAGUCGGGGGUCUCUAUAAUCCGGAUGAGGACAUCCAGCCCCCAAUACACAGCCUGACUCCCCCUGCCCCAACCGCCAGCUUGGCAGUGCCAGUGAGAGCAGCCAGCAGUGCCCAGGCUCACACUCACAGCACUCGGCAACACAGGCGCCCGCUCCCGGAUCCCAAUCCGCUCCGAUUGCACAUUGACCGCUUUCUCAGCUUCUACCUCGGUGCUCCCUUCUGGCUCGGUGCAGCAUGGCUCUGGGGAGGAUUUGGAGAUUUUGGACGCAUGGCUCUGGGGAGGAUUUGGAGAUUUUGGACGGUGCUGGUGUUGUUGUCCGGGACCCUGAGUCUGGGCUGUGAGAGGCUGCACUUACAGCAAGUUCUCAACACAGAGACUCUGAGCAAACUGCAUGAAAUGGGCGGUCCCUUUCCCGGACACUGUUUAAGGCAGAGGUUCUCCCUGAAAACCAAGCCCUUGGACCUGGUGAAACUUUCGGACGGAGUGGGGACUCAGGACAGGAUUGAGCUUAUCCAUCAAACCCUGCACCACAUCAACAAGAUCUACAGCAUGAACCUGGGUUCAGUACCAUGGGCCUGGGACAAGGUGGAAAACUUCCUUCUUCUCCUGGAGCAACAGCUGAGAGAGUUGCAAGAUUGUCUGAGUAAACCAGGAUCUGACCACAAGUUGAAGAGAAAUGCUGCCAUUCAACAUUACUUUAGGAAACUGGAAAAGUUUCUCAAACUCAAGAAAUUCAGUGAAUGUUCCUGGGAAAUCAUCCGUGCUGAGACUAGAGCCCGUUUACAACAGUUGCUUAUCAUUAUGGCACAAGUCAGCAAAAGAAACUGAAAAGAACAUAUUUACUGCA